CUACAUCGCAAAAUCAACACAAAAUAAAAUCACUUCUAAACAUUUUGCGGGUUUGCGUUCAUUGUGUGUUGUGUACUGCUACAGAAACAAUGAUGCGUAAGCGUGAGUGUAUAUAAAGUGCAAUAAAGGAUUCAUCUAAAUAAUAGGAAGUGAUUAGGAGGACAUUAUUAUGCGUUGAUCAGAAUGUAGCACCUAAUCAAGUUCCACAGUGCGAAUCUAAUUAUUAAAAAAAAUAUAGUAUUGAUCUUUUUUGUACAGGACUAAAUAAAUAUAAACUGUUUAAAAAUGUCUGUGGUUAAAGGAAAGUUAGUGAAAAUGGAAGUAAUACAAGUAGGUGAAUAUGAAUUCACCAAACAAGAUAUAAUAGGACACGGAGCCUUCGCGAUGGUUUACAAAGGAAGGAAGAGAAAGAACCCAUCGCAAUCAGUGGCCGUAAAGGUGGUGACGAAGAAAGGAAUUCAGAAGGCUUCAGAGAUUCUCGUGAAGGAGAUCAAAAUCCUACGAGAGCUCACAGCACUGCACCACACAAACCUCGUGGCCAUGCACGAUUGUAUGGACAGCCCCGCUUAUGUGUAUGUCGUCAUGGAGUAUUGCAACGGUGGCGACCUGGCAGAUUACCUGCAGGCCAACCGGCUGCUGAGCGAGGGCACCAUCCGCCUGUUCCUGCGGCAGCUGGCCGAAGCCAUGCGCGCCAUCCACGCCAAGGGCAUCGUGCACCGUGAUCUCAAGCCUCAAAAUAUACUUCUCACACACAACGUCGCGCCGCCCCGCACACCACAUCCCUCCGAAAUUACUCUUAAAAUUGCCGACUUCGGUUUCGCGAGGUUCUUAGAAGAAGGCAACAUGGCGGUCACGCUCUGCGGGUCACCAAUGUACAUGGCGCCAGAAGUGAUAAUGUCGCUGAAGUACGACGCUAAAGCGGACCUGUGGAGCCUGGGCACCAUCGUGUACCAGUGCCUCACGGGCAAGGCGCCCUUCCAGGCGACCACGCCGCACGAACUGAAGGCCUUCUACGAAAACAGCAUCGACCUGCAACCCAAGAUGCCCGCGGGCACUAGUCCAGAGCUCUGCAACCUGCUGAUCGGCCUGCUGCGACGGAGCCCGCGCGAGCGCAUGCCGUUUGAAGCUUUCUUCAACCACCCUUUCCACCAACGGCCCAGGACCACCUCCUAUACGAGUUUGGAUUCGGACCUGCCCGACAUAAUGGAGAGCGAGUUAGAGGCCCCGGCGGGGGGCGAGUGUUGCCUAGAGGAGUCAUUGGAUAGCCAGGCGGCGGGCUCCGCGCCGGCGGCGAGCGCGGGCGCCGCGGCGCGCACGCCGCCCGCGCCGCGCGCGCUGCAGCCGCCGCCGCCGCAGCUGCAAACACUCGCACCUAAUAAUACUAAGAAGCCUACGUCCUCCGCCGAGUCGUCGGACACGACCUGGGCGGGCGAGGACGACUUCGUGCUGGUGGAGGCGGACAGCGGCUCGGGCGAGUGCUCCGCGUCCUCGGGCUCCGAGGCCGCGCCGCGCCCGCGCACGCUCACGCUGCCCGCGCCGCCGCAGCAGGACCCGCCGCAACCUGCUAAGAACCCGACGCCGUCCACCGCGAGCAUCCAGCGCUCGCAGCCGAUCUCAAUGCUGCGCUCCAACCACUCAAGGAACCCCACCAACCCCAUCGGAUCUCUCUCCCCGCCCACUUUCCCGAUGGGCACGCCGCUGUCGACGCGGCGGCGCAGCGCGUCGGGCAGCUCGCCGCCGCCGUCGCUGUGGCAGGUGUCGCCCACCAACAACAGCCCGCUGCGCAGAUCCGGGUCAUCACCGCCGGUGCCGCUGGCGCUGAAGGGGUCGGGCGAGGCGUCGCCGAAGCGCGCGGCCACGCUGCCCGACGCGCUGCUGCGCGGCCUCAAGAUGCACAACAUGCACGACCCGCCCGUCUACAUACCCAACCUGCAGGAGGAGACCAUACUCGCCGAGGAGCACAGCAAGGUGUUCUCGCAGCUGAACUUCGUGCUGAUGCUGGGCGAGCUGCUGGCCGACCUCGCCGUCUCGUGCGGCGCGCCGCUCGCCGCGCUCAUGGAUACCUCCGACGAGCGCUGCAACGAGAGCGUGCGGCUGGGGCUGCUGGUGCAGGCCAUGCAGGCGCUGGCGGCGGGGCUGCGCCUGGCCGCCGCGCACUACCGCGAGCGCACGCUCCAGCCCACGCCGCAAGUGCGCAACGUGGUCUCCCUGAUGAACGGAAAGUACAAAUGGAUCGUGAACGAGUCGCGGCGACUCCACGAGGCGGGCGUCACCCCCGCGGUCUGUGAUAAAAUACUCUACGAGCACGCCAUCGAGCUGUGUCAGAUGGCGGCCAUCGAGGAGCUGUUCGGCGACAUGAAGGAGUGCGAGCGGCGCUACAUGUCCGCGCAGGUGCUGCUGCACUCGCUGGUGCAGCGCCACCCCCUGCACCCGCACCACCGCACCACACUCUCCAAGUACCGAGACGCGGUGCAGAGGCGGCUGAACUGCCUGAAGGGGCCGCGCAAGAUCAUGGACGUGAAGCUGGAGGCCGGGGUCUCAUAAUGCAAUACGCGAGCGGCGACCGAUGUAGUACCUACCCUAAUAGUAAGCGUAAGCGACGCAAAAAGAGAAGUGAUUUUAUUUUGUUGUCGACAGACUCACAGUGAGAAAAUUAUUAAUAAAACAAAGUAUAUGGGAAUAAGUGAAUAAAUAUCAAUUAACGAUCGAUGUAUACAGUCGUUUUAGUGAUGAAGAUUACCAGAGAUUGCAAUAGUGAAUUAUAUUUUUUUAUAUGCAGUAAGUACAUUUCUGAGCCGUAGUAUUACCGUAGAGGCGGCGAACAUCUCGACGUUGGACUAAUUCUAGUGAUCGCUUGAAGUGAUAGUUGUAGAUUAGAUGUGUGUUGGAUCCCUUACGUCAUAAAUGGUUGUAUCUUUUCAUAGUUUGUAAUGUUAGUACAAGUUUCAUCAGAGUAAACCUUCCGCUUCUUCAAUUCUGAGGAGCCACGCAAAUUAUUUUAGAAAUUGUGCAUGUAUUUCUUUCGGUUAUCACCAUUUUAGGGUAAAUACAAAUAAAUAAAAAACAAAAAAAUAUAAAUUAGAAAACGUAGCAUUGUUUCCUAACUCACGUAUCUUGUAUGACAUUUUGAUUAUUACGGACUUGUAGCGUAUCGUGUAAAGUGACUUCGUGAAGUAAAAUCUCGAUAUAGAUACAAUGCUAUAGAGAUCUCAUUAUCGACCAAUAACAAUAUGGCAUUUUUAGGUUAAGAUAGAAAUUAUGUUCGAAGGUUUCUCGAAAAUAUUAUAUGAAAGGAUUUCUGUGUAUUAUCUCAAACCAUUAUUUUAUUUUUAAUUUGCCAAAAUUGUGAUUAUGUAUUUCCUCAAAAAUAAUAUUAAUUGCUUUAUGAUAAUAAGAAUAAAGACUGUUGUAUUAUAAAUAUUUUGUUUUGUUUUAAUAAACACUUAUUUUUAUCAGCAU